AUGACCGUCACGCAGCUCAGGCGAACGACGGCGCUCUCUGGCCAGGUGGUCAGGCAAUUCGCCGCUCGUCCGUUCUCCACGCGAACCGCGCUUCAGCAGGAGAUUCGGGAUGCUUAUAUCCUCAGCGCCGCCAGGACCCCGACGGCCAAGUUCAACGGCUCCUACACCACCGUGCCCGCCCCGAAACUGGGCGCCGUCGCCAUAAAGUCGGCCCUCGAAAAGUCUAAAGUGCCCGUGUCCAAGAUUACUGAUGUCUACAUGGGAAACGUCCUCCAAGGCUCUGUUGGCCAGUCUCCUGCUCGGCAAGCUGCCAUCUUCGCCGGGCUCCCCUCGAGCGUUGAGGCCAUCACCAUCAACAAGGUCUGUGCCUCUGGUCUGAAGGCGGUUGUUAUGGCGGCGCAGAACAUUCAACUCGGCCUGUCCGAAGCCCAGAUUGCCGGCGGCAUGGAGAACAUGACGCGGGUACCUUACUAUGUCCCUCGCUCGUCGAACCUUCCGUCGUUUGGGCACGUCAAGAUGGAGGAUGGCUUGAUCAAGGAUGGUCUUACCGAUGCCUACGACGAUAUCCACAUGGGCAUUUGCGCCGAGAGCACAGCCAAGAAGUACGAAGUCACGAGAGAGAUGCAGGAUCAGUACACUGUGCAGUCCUACGAGCGCGCGCAGGCCGCAUGGAAGGCGAACGCCUUUGAUGACGAGAUCGCCCCGGUAACAGUCUCUAGCCGCAAGGGCGACACAGUAAUCAAGGUGGACGAAGGCUUCAACGAUGCCAAGCUCGAGAAGCUGCCGACUCUGAAGCCCGCCUUCGUCCGCGAUGGAACGGGCACCGUCACGGCCGCCAACUCUUCUACCCUGAACGACGGCGCAAGCGCUCUUGUUCUGGGCAGCAAGGAAAUUGCCCGAGAGUACGGAUCCGGUUCGAGGGUACUUGCGAAGAUUUGCGGUUCGGCCGACGCGGCUGUCGACCCCAUCGAUUUCCCCAUCGCACCAGCAUCUGCAGUCCCUAUUGCCCUGAAGCGCGCUGGAAUCACCAAGGACCAGGUGGCCAUCUGGGAGUUUAACGAGGCGUUUGCGGCUGUCAUCAAGGCCAACGAGAAGAUCCUGGGGCUUGAGAAUGCGAAGGUGAACCCUUUGGGUGGAGCUAUUUCGCUGGGACACGCGUUGGGAAGCUCGGGUUCGAGGAUUUUGACGACUCUGCUGCACCAGCUGAAGCCUGGUGAGUAUGGUGUCGCGGCUAUUUGCAACGGCGGAGGUGCUGCGACAGCCCUGGUGGUGCAACGCAUUGAGUCAGUGUAG